ACUGAUUAAAACUAAUCAUUGGAUGACCCGUUUAUUAGACCAAAACAUUUUGAUAGUUUAUUGUUGAUCCUCUUCGACAAAAAUCCAAAGAUAGAAAUCGUAUUAUUGGACAAUAUGAAUGUGCCAAUAUUUUUAUGAAUAUUGACGAAUUGAUACAAGUCACCAAGGAUUUUUAUCAUGACUUGGCCAACUAUGAUCCUGAAAAACAGAAUUUAGGUGACUUGUGUCUCGCACACAUGUCUCGGUUUACGUGCUAUAAUCGAUUUUUAUUGGGUGUCCAUAAUGCUCGUAUCAUCAAUGAGAAACAAAUGAAAAAUCCAAAUUACGUUCACUUCUUACAAAAUGCAAAUGAAGGAAACCAAACAGUUUAUGAUUACCUAGCAUUACCAAGCCAACGUAUUGGAAGAUAUACUAUGUAUUUUAAAGAACUGAUGAAGCACACGACUGAUGACCAUGUUGAUCUGCCUGGCUUACGUGCCUCGCUUGCAAGAGCCGAGGAAAUUGCUAAUAUGCGAGAAGAAGUUGAUACACAGCUCAUGAAAAUCUUCCAAUCUUUACUUCGGUCCAUUCAAUACUGUCCAGAAUCUUUGAUGAGUUCUCAACGACGCAUGGUGUGUUACUUGGAUGUUGCAGAGAUUGAUCCUCUUACUUUAAAGCCUCUUCAGCCUGUAACGAUUUUUUUAUUCUCAGAUAGGUUAAUUGUGGUAAAGAGACCUUCUUAUGAUAUGGAUGGAUUGGAUCUAUGUGGUUUGGAUCAACGAGUUACGAAUGAUCAAAAAGAAUUUUGUAUUGGAAAUUCUGUUCAUACAGAAAGACUUAAGUUUAUAGGCUGGAUACAUGUUACUGAACUUGAUUUGUAUCAUGAUCCUACAGAUGUCUUAAAUACAUUGACGCUCAUGUGUAACCAUACAUCGGACUCUCUCUUGUCUUUACCCGAUACGGAUCAAGCGACUCAACAGUCUUUGGAAGCCUAUUUUCAGCAUGACCAACAAAAACAUUGUUUCUCACUCAGUUUAAGUGGCGGUAAUCUUAGUAACAAAGCUUAUUUCCAAAACUUGGCCAACAUCAAAUCUGAUUUUAUUUAUCAGUUUGGGAAAGUAAAAAACGAAGCAAGACAAAAUGAUGAAUUGAUUGAGUCAGUGUAUUGUCAGUGGAAUCAUCAUCAUUUUUUUGCUAACAUUUAUCCAACAAAUAAGUAUCACCAAGUAGCAAAUAAGAAUGACAUUGCUUUAUUUUACAUUGAGAAAAACAAUGUUAACAUUGAGAUUGUUCUUAACCAUUGUUUCAUGGCACCUAAUAUUGUAGGCUUCAUUUUACCUCAACAAGAAAAAGGCACUUUCUGUUUUGCCAUUCGAAGCAAAUGUGCUCUGGGGAACACAAGCCAUGAUGAAAUAUCGUUGCUGACUUUCUCGUCUAAUGACACUCAGAUGGCUCGAAAUCAGCUGUUUGGCAAUCUCCUUGCUUGUGAUCGGGAUUUAUUACGAUCAGCACAAAUGGCAGCAAGUAACACAAUGAUGCAACCCGCGCCCACAUCAACCCAUAGCAGUGGUGCAAGUAGCCACCAUAGUCGAUUUUCCAUGGUCAAACAAGACUUGAUACGCAAGACUAGUAAAUCGACAUUCAAAAACUUCUUUGCAUUGACCAGUCAUGGACAUAAACAAAAACAAAGCGAGGCCAAGAACAAGGCACAUACAUCAUCUACUGUCUCUUCAACAUCUUCUCCAAGCCAAAACUCACAUUUGGGAAAAGCAAGAGCAAGUACUAGUGGAUACAGUGAAUAUGUCUUGAAUCUAGAAGCAACCAGUCGUUCUUCUUCAGUUUAUAGUGGAUCACUGAAAUCGCAACGAAGCCAUGAGUCAAGAUUACCACCUGGUUCAAGUAAUAAGGAUGAGAAACUGUUGUCUCAGUUUCAUUCCUCUCUACAUCGAUUUGCAUCUGAAUCUAAUCAAAAAAGAAACUAUAGUCCCAGUUUUCAUCCUACAAGAACAGCAUCUUUUGAUAUUGAGGUAGUUGUUCUAAUGAAAAAGCUCUAGUUUAAUCAUUUUAUAAUAGUCUGCAGCUACCAAAAAGACAUUUGAAGAACUUGGAUCUGCUUUUCAUUACAACAAUUUAACGAAGCUUGAUUGUAUGCUUACCAGUAGAUCAAGGUCACCACUGAGUAUGCAUGAACCAACACCUACCAUGACUGAGUCAGGAAGUGGCUAUUCUACACUUAAUAGUCGAUGCAGUUCUACUCUAUCAACAUUUAAUAACAUUAAUCAUAGCCCACUGACUCCUUAUUCUGCAUCCACUGAACAGCCACCUAUGCAUCAUCGAGUAUGUAACAUUUCAUAUGAACGAAUUAACU